CACACAGUUCAGAGGGACUGGGUGAAUGCACUUUUAGCCCAUGUUUAGUUUCAUCUUGCUUCCCACUCUUAACCUUUGUCAUUACGAGUUGUUUUAAGAGCUCCAUGCAGACGCUAUGAAUUUGUCCUGUCUAUUUUUCCUUCUUGCUGCUCUGGUCAUUGUGCAGGCCAAAGAGAAACAUAGAGACGACAAAGAACGUAAAGACAACAAAGAACGUAAAGACUACAAAGACCAUAAUGAACAUAGAGAAAAGACUUUGCACAAAUCCAGACAUGUUCUUACAGAGAGUGGGCAGCUGUGUCAUUUCCCAUUUAUUUAUGCUCGGAGGAUAUACAACACUUGUAUAAGAAGAGGCAAUCAAGGGCCUAAAGAAUGGUGCUCCCUCACUAGGAAUUAUGACCAAGACCAAAGUUGGUCCUACUGCAAUGAUCGACAUGAUGUUACAGACCAUUGUGAGGCCAAUCCAUGUGGGUCCAGAGGAGUUUGUGAGAACAAAUUAAAGGGGUACCAUUGCGUAUGCAACGAGCCUUAUACUGGUCGGAACUGCCAGACAGAAAAGUGUUACGAUAAAAAACUCGAACAGUACUUUGAACAUAAGCAGACAUGGCUACGAUACCUCCCUCCCAUUUUAGAGGAAUGCACAUGCCAUAAUAACAAGGCAGUAGUAUGCAAAGUGACAACAGGGAAAGAGUGCUCAUCGAACCCAUGUCUGCAUGGAGGGCUUUGUGUCCAAGUCAAGAAAAACACAGUGUGUGGUUGUAUCAAGGGUUACAAAGGUCCUCACUGCGAAAUAAGUCCAAGUCAGGUAUGUUACCUUGGAAAUGGCACUGGCUACCGCGGAACUGCAAAUAUAACGAUGACAGGAAAGCAGUGCCUCUCUUGGGACUCUGAGCUGAUACACCACGAAGUUACUCUGUACAGUGGCCACAAAGCAAAAGCUCAUGGGAUAGGACCUCAUCCAUACUGCAGGAAUCCUGAUGGGGAUACAGAGCCGUGGUGUUUUGUUUUGAUCGAAGAAAGGCUGAGCUGGGAGCAUUGCUCGAUCCCGAAAUGCAAUGUGGUUAAAGCCAGCACUCUACCCCCAUUGAUUAGUAUAACAAAGCAUUCAACUCAGGGAUCCAUCUCUUCACAGAACAAAGCCAGCACUGCACCUCCAAAUAUUAGUACAACAGAGUCCUCAACUCAGGGAUCCAUCUCCUCCGGCAGCAAAAGUGAUCUUCCAAAAGGUGGUAUAACCAUAAAACCUGUUCAAAUUAGAGGGAUGCCAGUGAGCUGUGAAAAGACGUUUCAGAAAACCCCAUCUGUAUCCUCACGUAUUGUAGGGGGGCUGGUAGCUCUCCCAGCAUCACAUCCUUACAUGGCAGCACUGUAUAUCAGCAGUCACUUCUGUGGCGGGGCACUUAUCUCUUCCUGCUGGAUUCUCACGGCAGCUCAUUGCUUGGAACGCAGACCAGUUUUAAAAGAGAUCUCCGUGGUGUUAGGGCAACACUUAUUCAACACAACAGACCAUCGCACAAGAAAAUUCACAGUGCAGAAAUAUAUCAUACAUGAGCAGUAUGACGAAGAAACCUUUCAGAAUGAUAUUGCGCUUAUGCAGCUGAAGUCUGAAUCUGAUGUUUGUGCUGAAUUCACACAGUUUAUACAACCUGUGUGUCUACCACAAAACCCAAAGAAGACUGAACCUACCAAGCAGUGUUCAGUGAUUGGAUGGGGCCACCAGUAUUAUGGAGCUGAAGGCUAUGCAUUGUUUCUACAGGAAGCACACAUCCCAAUCAUUCCUGAAACACAAUGUAAAUCUCCAAUCGUCCAUGGUAAUAAGAUGUUGCCAGGAAUGUUGUGUGCUGGCGUCAUGGAGGGAGGAGUAGAUGCAUGCCAGGGAGACUCUGGCGGUCCUCUUGUUUGUGAGCUGGAAGGACGGGUUGAGUUGUACGGUAUUGUGAGCUGGGGAACUGGCUGUGCUGAGGUUAACAAGCCUGGCGUCUAUACCGAAGUGUCCAGCUACAUUAACUGGAUCAAUGCCAACAUCAGCUGAAGCAAAGGCAGAUUACCAGUGGAGUGCCUGUAACACUUAAAUCCCACCUCUACUGCAGCAUAUGCACCAUCAAAAUUAUUUAGAAUUGCUUUACUUACAAGUGCAGAGAUUGAUAAUACAUGCUGUGUUGAUGGUGUGUCAGACCUGUUUUGGAAGCCCUGAAACACACCAGUCUUUUCAGUGCUCUAAAAUAGAUGUUAUAUUUCUUUUUCUUAUACUUUAUUUUCUUUCUUAGUACUCCAUUCUGAAAAAGCAUGCUUAUGUAUGCACCAAUUUAUAUACCACUGUAAAGAGAGGACCUUUUUGUAAUUUGUUGUUGUAAUUUUUGUUAAGAAAGAUAUAGCGUGUCAUUUGUUAAAAAAAAAAAAAAAAAAAAAAGAGUAUUGAAUAACAGAAACAUUUAUUUUACACAUUAAUAAACAUGAAGGCUGGAUACUGUUGGCUUUGGCCAAUGUGACUUUCCAAAUAUAACUCGUUGUCUUUGUAAAUGUAUCUCUGGUAUAACUGUGUGGAGUUUUCUAUUGAGAAUGAACUACACCCACAUAGAGCAGCAACAUGUCUGGAUGUCCAUGUGCUAGAUGCUAGAGUGAAUUGCAAACAAUGUAAAUUAUAUAUAAUCUACAUUUGAGAAUCCUAUGACGUGGGAUUCAUGGGCAGUUAAAUACCUCCAAACAUUGGGAGCUUUACAACUGUGAUAUGAGUGGGAGGAGUCAGAGAGGGAUAUCACAGUGAUACAAGGCAGCAACAGGUAGAUUCACUAUAGAGAGCUACAGUCUAGUGUGCAUGUAAACCACUUGACAGACGAGGCAGGUGAAUUGCUCUUAAAUGAGCACAAAGGCUUAACACAUUACCGGGCUGUGAUAAUAAUAUUCCAUAUUAAUUAAGAAUCUUUGAUUGAUCACUAUUGAGCAAAUUAAACUAUUAUAGAUAGUUAAGAUGGCGCCGGUACACAGUACUGAAAAUGUUAAUAACCACAAAACACAGCACAAAAAUGACUCAUGCAUGUCAUCACAAGAUAGUUAUGAGAACAGAACUAGCUUUUUAGAUCAGAGAUAAUAACCGCACAGACCUGGCAUGGUAUUGUUGUUGGGGCUGGACAGCCUGGCCAGCUGCAGGUCCCAUCCAAUGCUUUUGCAAGGUCUUUGCUGGGCUGCACUGAAAAGAAGAUUUGUUGGAAAAGUACAGACUAUUCACCCCAUUGAUUAUUAAGAACUUAUAAAAGACGAGAAAACUUGGCACACAUUGGAGUACUAUCCACCUGUAAUACGGACGCGUAUUGCUGGUUCUGCUGAUUUCCAGUAAAAGAGGGUCCCCUUCAAGCCUGACUGCCAGAAGUUCUCUCAGUCGAGUGCAGCAAGCUUCUCUUAUGGUGAUGUAUACUUGAGCUGUUU